AUGUUUCUGAGUCGCUCUCUUUCACGCGCACCGGGAUAUCCUGCUUCAUCUUAUUCUUCUUCUUCAACUUCUUCAUCGUUCUUCGUCCGCCGAGCCACCGCCAACAUCACAUCGAUCCGUCGUAGGUCGUCCUCGGUCGAGUUCUUCCAGCCCUUCAACCGCAGUUGCGGUAGGGACGACAGGCGGUUACCGAGGCAGCAGGGGUACAAGGAGGUGUACAAUGCCGCGUCGAUUGCGGCGAGAAUGGACAAACUCAACAACAGAGGGCCGAUGGCCCGCGCGAAGCGACACAGGCUCCAGCAGCAGCGGUCUCGGUUGCAGGAUGGGACCCCGGAGCAGGUCUUGACCAUUGAGGCGGAGUCACUCCUCCUCUUGAGAAGGGAACGGCGGGCGAGUGAUGGGGGUGAUGAGCCGGAUCACGACGGUCAGGGAGGAUCCAAGGAAGGAGGACAAGAGGGCGAUAAGCGGCACCCUACGACGUCGCGCCCAGCAGAAUCCCACACGGAAGUGGAAGUGGAGAUCGAGGAACUGUCAUCUACCGGAGACGGACUGGCCUACGCGCCUGGAACGAGGGACUUGAUCUACGUCGUCCCCUUCGCCGUGCCCGGCGACAGAGUCCUGGCCAAGACGUUCCCCCAGAAGGAGGUGAAUCCGCUGUGGAGCCGCGUCGACUUUGUCAAGCUGCUCCGACCGUCGCCGCGACGCGAGGGCGUCACACCAGGCUGUCAAUACUUCGGGACCUGCUCGGGCUGCCAGCUCCAAAUGCUACCUUACACGGAGCAGCUCGCGCACAAGAAGACGAUCGUGGAGAAGGCCUUCAAGCACUUUUCGAACCUGGACCCGUCGCAAAUCCCGCCCGUCGACGACACCAUGGGCUCGCCGCUCCAGUACGGCUACCGCACGAAACUGACCCCCCACUACAGCGGCGGCUCGAAGUCCAGGCCGUUCCGGCAGGGCGACGACCCGCCCCCCUUGGGGUUCAUGCGGAAGAACAGCCCCAGGAUCCUCGACAUCGAACAGUGUCCGAUCGGCACGCCGAUCCUGAACGAAGGCCUCAAGAUCGAGAGGAAGAAGAUGCACGAGUCGUUCUGGAAAAGCAAGACCGGCGCGACGGUUCUGUUGAGGGAGUCGACGCGGCGCGAAAUGGUUUCCCCCGCCACGGAUGCUAGCGAUGAAAAGCCACCGUUGGCAGCAGAGAGCUCAUCGACGCGCGAUGUUGGCGGCAACGGCGCCGGCGAGGAAGGCGAGAAUAUCAAAGCUCCCUCGGCCGGAUCGGUUCAUGACCUAUCGUCCUUACCGCUCGCCUACUCUGGCGAGCCUGUCUCCACCGAAAUUUCGUUCCCGUCUCCAACCACCCCUCAAAUCACCUACACGUACCCUCUCUUCCGAGACAUCAAGACCUAUACGUCCGACCACAAGGCCGUGACGACCGAGCACAUUGGGCCCUACACAUUCACCACGCGAGCGAACAGUUUUUUCCAGAACAACAAUUCCAUCCUGCCCAUUUUCCUGUCCUAUAUCCGUGAGAACCUUCUUCCCAAGACGCCAACGGCCGCGGUUCCAGCAUCAGCAUCAUCACAAUCGGUAUCCUGGGUUUCCGGCGACCACCACCAGCCAGAAGCGCAGCCCGCCAAGAUCAAAUACCUGCUCGACGCGUACUGCGGCUCGGGGCUGUUCAGCAUCGCGCUCGCGCCGUAUUUCUCGUCCGUGUUGGGCAUCGACAUUGACGCGCUGUCCAUCUCGUGCGCGCGGGACAAUGCGAACCUCAACAACCGCUCCAACAGCCGCCCGAAACAGGGUGGAACAACCACUGCAAGCGACGCCCCCGAAGUAAGCAGCAACACGGGCUUCAUCGCGGCGGACGCGCAAGCCCUAUUCACCGACGUGCCGUUCCCGCCCGCGCAGACCCUGCUGGUCAUCGACCCGCCGCGCAAGGGCGCCUCGCCGGACUUCCUGCAGCAGCUGUGCACCUUCGGCCCGCGCCGCGUCGUCUACGUCAGCUGCAACGUGCACACGCAGGCCCGCGAUGUGGGCAUGCUGGUCGCCGGAUUCGGCGGUGGGCGCUGGCGCUACGACAUUGAGAAGCUAGGCGGGUUCGACUUUUUCCCCCAGACGGGACAUGUCGAGGGCGUGUGUUUUUUGAAUAGAGCAGAGAGGCAAAGUUGA